CAGGGAGGUAGUAAUAAAAAUAAUAAAAAGAGAGGCUUUAUGUUUUUGUUCUCAGAUAACUGUUUUUGUGUUGAAAAUUACUCUGAAUCCCAGCACCCCUGCUAGGCCUGAUGCCAGUAAAUCUCAGUAAAAUCACAGAACAUAAAAUGUCUAAUUUAUUAAACUUGGACGGUACUACAGAUUAUGACAUGUACGUAUUUUCCCCACCAUGUAUGGACAGCUUGCAGUAUCUGAACAGCACAAUUUUGGUUGUGGUCUACAUCAUAGUCUUCUGUCUCAGCUUGCUGGGGAACACCGUGGUGAUAGUUGUGGUAUUUAUCAUGAAAAUCCAGAGGGCGUCUACUGACAUUUACCUGAUGCACCUGGCCAUUGCUGACUUGCUCUUUUCAUUGACUCUCCCGUUCUGGGCGGCUAACCUUCACUCCAGCCAUUGGCCGUUCGGUACCGUUAUGUGCAAACUGGUAUCCGGUGUGCAGGAAACUACUUUUUACUGUUGUGUAUUCCUCCUGGCAUGCAUCAGUAUCGAUCGCUACCUUGCCAUCGUAAAAGCGACCCAAUUUCUCUCCCGACAGCGCCACCUAGUGGGCGCAGUGUGUGCAGUGGUGUGGCUGUGUGCCAUUCUGUUGUCCCUGCCCAUCGUGGUGCAUCGCGAAGCAUUUGUGCCUAAUUCCAUGACUAACGUCUACAUAUGUCAUGAGAAUCUGAGUGCAGACACCGUUGACGAUUGGAGGGUGGGCUUGCGGAUUCUUCGCCACAUCGUGGGAUUCUUCCUACCAUUGGCCGUUAUGAUCUUUGGUUACAGCUGUACUAUGUGCACACUCUGCCAUUCGCGCAACAGCCAAAAGCAGAAGGCGAUGCGUGUCAUAUUGAGCGUCGUUCUGGCUUUUGUGAUCUGCUGGCUGCCCAAUAACAUCACCGAGCUACUCGACACCUUGAUGCGAGGCAGUUGGAUGACGGAAACGUGCGAGCUGAGGGACAGUUUGGAUGUGGCGAUGUAUGUCACACAGGCUUUAGCCUUCACCCACUGUGCCAUAAACCCCGUUCUGUAUGCUUUCAUUGGCAAGAAAUUCCGCAACCAGCUCCUCAUGUCUCUCUUCAAGAAAGGCCUAUUGGGAAGAGAAACGCUGUCAAAAUACAGAGUGGGAUCUGUGUAUAGCUCUGCAAGCUCCAGGCAAAUGUCUGUGACGCUGUAACCAACAUUGACAUUCAUAGUGCAUCUUACUUUUAUAAGGGUAUAAAGAGCCUUUGCAUUCUGUUAUAUAACUCGACCCCCCCCCCCCACCCCCCAUAUAUCGGUCAUAAUGUACUUACCAUCAUGUGUUCUUAACCCAUAUGCUGUUACUUGCUGUAUCCUGUGGAUCAUGAAAGGAUAGCUUUUGAAGAAUAUUUACAAUGCUAAUUUUAAUACAUCAAAGGUUUAGAGUAAACAGUGGCUGUCCAGCUCAAACAAAAGGACAAUAAAAAACAUUAAAAGCCUUAUAAAAGUAGCUAAACCACUUCUUAAACUAUAUUCCAAAUGUUCUGAAUUCAUACAAUAGUUUUUUGCAAGGGACAGGCUAAAAUGUAUGCUGCUAUUUAAUAAAAAACUUUCUUCUGCAGCUCUCAAAUCUCAUUCUCUAUAUAUUAAUUGGCAUGUCUUUGUUCUGUUAUGAACAUGCGCUCUCUUGGGCUUGUUGAAAACCAACCGUGACUCUACAUGCAUGAAGUCCUGCCAGAAGAGUAUUGCAGUAGUCCAGUCUAGAUAUGACAAGAGCCUGGACAAGAAGUUGAGUAGCAUGCUCAGAUAGGAAAGGUCUGAUCUUCCUGCAUGACUGAUACUAAUAUAUCAAGGAAUAGAAGCAGAAAAUGAUCAUUGAAUAACAUUUAAAUUUCAGUCUGUUUGGAACACAAAGCUAUUGUGAAAGCUGCAUUGGAAUUUAAUGCAUGAAUUGUAUUGUCUAGUGUACAUCAUCCUACAUAUUACACAGCUACUUAGGAAGUAAAUAAACAAAUUGUCAUUGUGUUAUUGUGUGAGAGGAAAGACAUUGCGGCACCACAUGAAACAGCUGAAUUCUUGACUGCUCAGUAUCCCACUUAUUACAAUACUACUUGGCAAAUAUAUAUAAAUGGACAUGAUCAUUAAUUUAAGAUACAAUUAUUUCAUUAACUUCCUUGUAGAGAUCCCAGAGUAAUCUGAAAAGAUGACCUGGAAAGAUGACUUGCACUACCGGGACACUCGGUUUAUUAGGAAUUGUCCUCUCAUUUUAUAUGAUCAAAAUUACUAAUAUUUCAUGUGCUGAAGCAAUUCACCAAUGAUGAUCAAUAACUUUAGACUCAGACUGACUCAUUAAGCAAUGCGUCAUACACUGGUGCCUGAUUGACGGCUAUGAAUAACCAUGUUCUGCAUUAUUUUGUAACAGCAUGAUAUGCAUGUGCUCUCAACAUUUAACCAUAUUAUAACUCCAUAGAGCUCUACGGUCUAUUAAGAUGGACUGUGGUCCAUUAAGCUGUUAGUUUUCAUUUAUCUUCACAAUAUAUGUUUAUUAUAAUUAUGUGUCUUUUGAUUUUACUUCAAUCUGCACACCUCCCCUGACACGCACUGGUAAAGAUUCUUCAAAAUGCCUCCUUUGGUGUUCCACAAUAGAAUAGCAGCUUACAGGUUUAGAAUGACAUGAGUAUGAGGAAAUAAUGACACAUUAUUAUUUAUUUGAGUGAAAUAUUCCAUCAAGACAAUUGCUUUAUGCUUUCUAUGUAAAAUACUGUAAAGCAAAUAGUCCACAAGUAAAAUCAUUCUCUGUUACAGGGUAUUACAGCAAAACGUAUGUGUUUAUCAGCUUUUGUAUCUUGUGUUUGAAGUAUUUUUAACUGUCUGUGAAUUUUUUUAUGAUAACAAUAGUUUAAUGAUUUGUUUUUGGUUUGUGUGACUCAGACUGCACACUUUGAAAGCUGUAGGCUUGUUUGUCAAAAUUAUCUAUGCAAAUCAACCUGUCAUUUUCCAGUGGUUUCAGGUUAUCUCAGCAUGAUUUAAUAACACAUGUAGAUUACUUCAUUUUUGUGCACUUUUCAUCCAUAUUUUGUUUUACCAAUGUACAUGUAUAGAGGUUUUUUGUCAGUUGCAUACAUUUGCUUCCUCCAAAAUAAUAUCAAAAGCAAAUUGUAAUUUUUUCACUCUGCUUUGCAUGUGUAAAUA